AUGGGCCUCCGUGACCAGGAGAGACGACCAGAACUGGACUCGGAGGGCCAAGGGGGCGAGCAGAGCGUGGGGGAAGCGGAAUGGGAAGGCGCGAACGGAGGGUUGGAAAAACAGGAGGCGAGGGUCGUGGCCAGCCCGGGGAGGGAGGUGAAGAGCGAAGGGACCAAGUGUAGGCGACCCGUUGCGACGCAAAGGGAAGCAUGGGUGGUCUCGGACGAUGCCGAGGCGCCCACCAGCAGCCUUCCGUCGCACUCGCCGAGCUACGAUCCCGCGAGUCGGGAAUGUCCCGCCUUUUCCUUUGGCGCGCCUUCACUCAGCAGAGGCACCCUGGGCCUUGGGGCGAGCCUGGGGAUGCGGUUAAUGGUUCCCUCUCCCAGGACCAUGGCCAUGGGCGCUCACGUUCGCGGGAGCAGCGACGAUCUCUGCAUGCCGUCCUUACGCCUGCGCUCCAUCUCGUCCACGUCCUCCUCCGCGGAGAUGGAGGAUUUGCCCCGGGAGGUGGCUGAGUACGUCCUGCUCACGCCCAAGUCCCCCGGCUCUCCUCUCAUGGCGAACGCCCUCAGCUUCCCUGGCAACAGUGGUCAGUAUGGCAGUGCGGCCUCUGCCGGUGCCAGCCGUCCU